GUGUUGGCUAAUCCGCUUUACAUUAAUUAACUUUUACAUUUCUUAGAUCUUCAUUACAGAACUUUCUUUUUAAAAAUUAAUUAUUUUUCUGAUACUCUAUAAUUGAUUUCUAGAGUACAUGUGUACAUACGGUAGAGGAAUGUACAGUAAGGUACAGUGAUUAGAAAUACAAUAUAUUAACAGGAAGCUUAUCAUAAUGAUGGACGGAAAUGAUUUAACAUCUGAAGUAUCAAGAAAAAGUAUUGUUUCACAAGCCUGGACUCGGAUUUCACAGAUUUAUCAAGGAACAUUAGACAAAUGGACCCCAUACACAAAAGGAAGAUGGAUUGGCAGUGUAUUGCUCUUAUUAAUAUUUUUGCUUAGAAUAUUUACAAAACAAGGUUGGUAUAUAGUAACUUAUGCGCUUGGGAUCUAUCACUUGAAUUUAUUUAUUGCAUUCCUCACGCCAAAAAUUGAUCCAGCCAUGGAUUUUGAUGGUGAAGAUGACAAUGGCCCAGCUCUACCAACAAGGGCCACGGAAGAGUUCAGGCCGUUCAUAAGACGGCUCCCGGAAUUCAAAUUUUGGUUAUCUGUAACGAAAAGCACAGUCUUUGCAUUCUUUUGCACAUUCAUUGAUGCAUUCAAUAUUCCAGUAUUUUGGCCAAUUUUAGUCAUGUAUUUCAUAACGUUAUUCUGUAUUACAAUGAAGAGACAAAUUAAGCACAUGAUCAAAUACAGGUACCUGCCGUUCACCCAUAGUAAGCCAAAGUACAAAGCCGUUGACUCUGCAGUAACUAUAAACUGACGACUUAUCUACGUUACGUUGUGUAAGAUCGUGGGAUUCAAUAGUGAAAUUAACUAAAAGAAAACUGUUGUAUGUUUCUAGAAAUACAGUUUAUUGUAAUGUUUUAUUAUCUUUGAUUUAAAAGAACGAGCCAAAGUGUUAUUUUUUUAUUAUUAUGGCUG